CAUGAGGGAAACUCGUUUAAACAUGGACAUUUGCAAGGUUUUAUUAAUCUGCACAGGGUUUUCCCACAUUGGGGCAGAAAUUCAGAUAUUAAUUAACCCCGUGAACUUGCCUGAGAACCUGCUUCCUGGAACCCAGCUAAGUCGAGCCUAUGACAAAGACGUGGCUGGGAAAGCAGACGCCUACCGCUUUCUGAAUAAAACAAAGGAUUUUGUCAUCAAUGCCAGUUCUGGUGUCAUCACAUCUACCAAAGUCUUUAAUUACGAAACGGAUCCAAUACGGUUCCUGCUCAUAGUUGACACUGGGGGCCUCGUGAGGCGCGUUCUAACCAUCAACAUCGUCGACGUCCCUGAGCCCCCAGACUGCACGGCUGACCCCCAGUUCUCUGCGGGCACAGCUGCUUUGGAAAUCGAUGAGGACUACCCACUAUUUCAGUCCAUUUACAGAGUGACGGCCACAGACGAGGACUUGGUGCACGGUGACAGGCUGACGUACACACUUGAGACUCAGAUCUCUGGGCCACAGAAAGGAGCAAAAUCUUUUGGAGUGGAUGCUGUAAAUGGGAUCGUCAGCCUGAAAGGAGAAGAUACUUUGGACUUUGACAGAGGAUAUCAUGUUUUCCAGCUUACACUGAGGGUGACGGACACAGCGGGUCUGUUCUGCCAAGGAACAAUAAUUAUCCAGAUCAGAAACAUAAAUGACGAAAGGCCUCAAUUUGAAGCAUUUCCUCUGGACUCCAUUAAUGUGACUGAAAAGACUCCCAUUGGAGAAAUUGUAGCAAGACUAAGAGCAAUCGAUCGCGACGAAGACAGCAUCACUUACGCCUUUAAAACUCAGCAGGAGAUGUUUGGCUUGGACCCCUCUACAGGAAUAAUCACUCUUCUUCAGCCUUUGAACCUUGACAACCCAAACAACUCCAGAACCUACUCUUUGGAAAUUGAGGCUAAAGAUAGUGGAAAUAACACCAGCACUUACACAUUUACAGUCUUGGUGGAGAGUGUGGAUGACCCUAUUUUCUGUGAUUCAAGUUUUUUAGCAGGUGUUUCCCUGUCUGUGCGUGAAGAUGUGCCCGGGGCUGCCUUUAUAUAUAGGAUUCUUUCAAGGGACCCAAAUCCCGGACAAGAAGUUGAAUUUUUAAUACUAAAUUCUUCAAGUAAUGCCACUGCCUACUUUGCUUUGGAUCCAUGGAAUGGUGUCAUUUCUAAAACUAUUGAACCUCUUCUGGACUAUGAAACAAACCCCAAGGUUUUCCAGUUGGUAAUUGCGGUGAGAAGUAGGGGGAAACGCCCUGUGCAGUCCUGCAUUGGCACGGUCACUGUCCACAUCCAGAACGUCAACGAUGAGAGCCCUGUUGUGACAUCCACUCCAGACGCUCCUAUCCAUAUUUAUGAAAAUGUGCCGGUUGGAACUAAGCUGGUGACGUUGACAGCAACCGACAAAGACAGAGAGGACUUGGUGCACUAUGAGCUUAUAGGAACACACAAAGAAUUUUCUAUCAAUGAAGAUUCAGGAGAGGUUAGCACUGCCUAUCCUUUGGAUUACGAAGAUGUAGGCACCCCGAAGUCCUGGGUAUUACGGGUUAGAGCUUAUGACAACCAGCGGGCACAUUCCACAACUGGAACGUUCACAGUGAUUCUCCAGGAUGUGAAUGACAACCCGCCUCGGUGCUCCCGGGAUAUCUACACAAUUGAGCUUGCUGAAAACAUCCCAGUUGAAACUCUUUUAGUCUCUCUGGCCUGCGCAGAUAAGGAUGGAACUUUCCCCAGUAAUAACAUAACUUAUCAUUUGAUUACGGAUCCUUUCUCAAAUGAAACCUUUACUCUCACAAACAAUGAACUGAAAGUUGGACCUAAACAUCUAGAUUCUGAUAAUGCUGCUUUUGUAGGAAUGCACUUCAAAUAUACACUGUUCGUGAAAGUCUCUGACGGAGGAAGUCCUGUCCUCUCAACAAUCAUUACUGUCAUCGUAAGAGUGAUUCGCAUAAACGAGAUGACUCCAACAGGAACUACCUCAGCAUUUACCUUCAGUAUACUUGAGAAUAGACCAGUUGAUACACUAGUAGGAAAACUUACAUUCACAGAUGCAGACUGGCCAUUUAACAAUCUAAAAUAUACUAUUGUUGGAGGCCAUUUGGGAACACCACCCAAAUUUUACCUGGAACCCUACACAGGAAUGAUAAAGCUACUGGAUUCAUUAGACAGGGAAACUGAGUCACAGUACAAGAUAGUUGUGAGGAUUACGGACUUGGACAAUGAUGCUGUCCCUGACCCUCUCAGCCAGAGAACUGCAACCGCUCAGGUGACGGUCAACAUUCUGAAUGUGAACGACGAGCCCCCCGUAUGUCAUCCACCACAUUUGGAAACUCGGAUUUAUUCCACUGUUAAAGGCCCUUUUAUUCAACUCAACUGUUCAGACAGAGAUUCUCCCCAGGAGCAUCUCAGCUACUUAAUUGUAGGAGGAAAUACAAAUAAUCAAUUCACACUUCAGAGACUGGGUGUUGAUCCCCCUUCUCUGGCCACCAGGCAGGAUUUCCAGUAUGAUAUAUUUCAAGGAAUUCAGGCCCCUAUGACUUUCCAGUUACUUAUUGAAGUCACUGAUGAAUUAGGUGGGAGUGAAGCUGGUCAGCUGUCAGCCACUUCUACGGUCAUUAUUCAUGUGCUUCCCUGGACCAUGACACAGCCAACUUCUUCCACAAAAACAGCUUCGACGACGAUCACGACUUCUGUGUUAAGGAAGAUCUCGUAUUAUUGGACCCCGGAUACCUGGUUUCCUGCAGUGCUGACCCUGACCACGGCUCUUUUCCUGACGUGUCUGUAUGCUCUUGCCUGGUGCCUCUUCAAAGAUACUCCUGCUUCUUCAAGACUAUUCCCUCACCGUCACAGAUCAGGUCAGUCAAGUCUCACCACCGAGGAGCCUGGGCUGGUACCAAGGCAUGGAAAUGCAUUGAGUAAAGACCCCAAACCCAGCACAAAACUGAACUUUCUUCCUGGAAAUCAUUAGUGACAGUAAUGUGAUAUCUCUUCAGCAGUGAGACAGAGGACAUCAAGACGUUGAACAAUUAAGAAAAGAAAGUGAUUCGGAGGAAGACAUUUGACUUCAACCAGCAUAAAGGCCACACGCUCUGCAUGUCACUCACUUUUCUUGAAAAGGUCUCUUAAAAAGACAGCUUCUAACAUUAGAACAAUAUCAAUUUUUCCAGCAUAGCUGGAUAUCUUUGGGUAAUGUCCCACAUAUUUGAUAGGUUUGCUUUUUACUGCUACAAAUGCUAUAGAGAUAUAUUUGUUUUCAGUUAAAAAUUUGCACUGUUGUACUAUCACCAAUAAAAUAGAA